AUGGCUCAGGUGCCCGUCACGGAUCGCACAGACAUCGAGAACCGCCGGUUUAACUCGUUAACAAUACCCGGCCUUGCUAUUAUGCAAAGAGAUGUUUCCGCCGUGUUUUGGAUCGAUGUACCAAAAGUAAUACCCAUUAUGGUAAUAAUAAUACAGCUCGUCACGGUCGAUAAUAAAAUGAUAAAAUUAGUUUUUCGAAAAUCGCAUACCAUCCGUUGUAUUCAAACAUUUCAAAAUAUUUUUAUAUUAAUAUACCCAAUGCUGCAAGUAAUAAUUAUAAAUCGUGUAGUAAUAAUAAUAUAACUCGUUUAGUCAAUAAUUAUAAUUAUAUAAUAAAAGUUUAAAAAAAUCAUGUAAUUAAAUGAAACCGUUUUAACAAAAGUACUGAAACUAAUUUCAUUAGAUUUUUUUUUUAUAAUUGCUUCCUCGGUAGUUUUUAAUCUCUUCGGUAUUUUUUUUUUUUUGUUCUUCGUAAUAUUUUUUAUGUUAUUACUAAUAAUUAUCGGUUAAAUAAUAUUUAAUCGUUAGAAUAGGUUACAUUACACUAGAUUUUGUAAAAAUUAUAAAAUCAUCGGUUUGAGAUUUCCAACAUUUUUUGCGGUAACGGUAAUCGUAUAUCUUUUUUGUUUUUGACGAAAAAGGGCUGUGGCCCGAAAACGGCCAACGUUAUUCUGGAGGAAAAGGGAAUCGCCCUAUCUCUCGUCGUCGCCCUCGGUUCAAAGGGCGAAAUAACCGUCGUCACCGAUUGUUUUGGUUUUCAAAAAACGGUGACCCAUAAUGAAAAUACGAUAAAUGGAGACGCAGUUUGGCCGGUUUAA